GCCCUAUCUUAUCUCACAGGUAGGUACAACCAGUCAUUGGGCGUUGCCGUUUAGCAAGAUUGAGUAUGGGACUGUGGUCAAACAGCCCAUGAUCCAUCCACAGAAAGUCUCGUGAAAGCCGAAUUUGUGCAGUAUUGCCUCGAUAAAAUUCCAUUCAAGCCAGUCAUAGGCUUAGCCCAUGUCGGUUUUCACAGCUAUGGCGCAAUGUUUUGUUGCUCCCGAUAUCUUCAGGUAGUGCAACGUUUCAUGCGUUAUCAUGAUGUUGUCCGUGAUAACUCUAUCGGCAAUGAAUGCUGAUUGAUUCUCUGAGAUGAUCGAGCCUAGCAUUGGUUGUAGCUGUCUCGUUAGGAUUUUGGAUAUAAUUUUGUAGUAGACGUUGCACAGAGCGAUGGGUCUAUAUACCGCUACUGUUUUGGGAGAGCUAAUCUUUAGAAUCAGCCUGAUAUGAGUGAGGUUGAUACCUUGCGGCCAAACUCCAUCUCUGAAAAAUUCAGUUAUCUCAGCUAUGAUAGCUAGACCUACUGCUGUCCAAUUUGUUCGGAAAAACCCGGAUGAGAACCCGUCUGGCCCUGGGGCCUUGUCCUCGUGUAUGGAGAACAUAGCAUCUCGGAUUUCUCUUGGACUAGGGAUUGUCGUGAGUGCUAUAUUGGCUGUUACCGAGAUGCGUCAAGUGAGAGCUUCCUCAAUUGCUGCCAUUGGUGAACAUGAACUUGAAGUGAAGAGACCGGAGAAGUAUGUCGUGAUUGCCUCUAGGAUCUCAAGUUCUUCAUAAACAUUUUCACCCUCGGAAUUAUGUGAGAAGGUGAUAGUGGACUUGUAGGGGUGACCUGAAGUUUCUUCGUAUUUUUGGAUCACUGCCUUCAGUGCUGCUACACUCCUCUCGUUUGUCCUCGUAAAGAAAAUGGUAUCGUCUGCGAAGAGGAGGUGGUUGAUCUUGGGGCUACCUCUCGCUACCUGUAAUCCUGAGAGUGUUCCGCGACGUUGUGUAGCUGCACAAAGUCCCGAUAAGACCUUGUUACAAAGGAUGAACAGGAACGGUGAGAAGGGGUCGCCCUGUCUUAUCCCGCGGAUCGGUACAACCAGUCAUUGGGCGUUGCCGUUUAGCAAGAUUGAGUAUCGGACUGUGGUCAAGCAGCCCAUGAUCCAUCCACAAAAAGUCUCGUGAAAGCCGAAUUUGUGCAGUAUUGCCUCGAUAAAGUUUCAUUCAAGCCGGUCAUAGGCUUAGCUCAUGUCGGUUUUCACAGCCAUGGCGCAAUGUUUUGUUGCUCCCGAUAUCUUCAGGUAGUGCAACGUUUCAUGCGUUAUCAUGAUGUUGUCUGUGAUAACUCUACUGGUAAUGAAUGCUGAUUGAUUCUCUGAGAUGAUCGAGCUAGCAUUGGUUGUAGCCGUCUCGUUAGGAUCUUGGAUAUGAUUUUGUAGUAGACGUUGCACAGAGCGAUGGGACUAUAUUCCGCUACUGUUUUGGGAGAGCUAAUCUUUGGAAUCAGCCUGAUAUGAGUGAGGUUGAUGCCUUGCAGCCAGACUUCAUCUUUGAAAAAUUCAGUUAUCUCAGCUAUGAUAGCUAGACCUACUGUUCUCAAAUUUGUUCGGAAAAACCCGGAUGAGAACCCAUCUGGCCCUGGGGCCUUGUCCUCGUGUAUGGAGAACAAAGCAUCUCGGAUUUUUCUUGCACUAAGGAUAGUCGUGAGUGCUAUAUUGUCUGUCACCGAGAUGCGUCAAGUGAGAGCUUCCUCAAUUGCUGCCAUUGGUGAACGUGAACUUGAAGUGAAAAGCCGGAGAAGUAUGUCGUGAUUGCCUCUAGAAUCUCAGGUUCUUCAUAAACAUUUUCACCCUUGGCAUUAUCUGAGAAGGUGAUAGUGGACUUGUUGGGGUUGAUGGUUUGACCUGAAGUUUCUUCGUAUUUUUGGAUCACUGCCUUCAGUGCUGCUAGACUCCUCUCGUUUGUCCUCGUAAAGAACAUGGCAUCGUCUGCGAAGAGGAGGUGGUUGAUCUUGGGGCUACCUCUCGCUACCUGUAAUCCUGAGAGUGUUCCGCGACGUUGUGUAGCUGCACAAAGUCCCGAAAAGACCUCGCUACAAAGGAUGAACAUGAACAGUGAGAAGAGGUCGCUCUGUCUUAUCCUGCGGGUAGGUACAACCAGUCAUUGGGCGUUGCCGUUUAGCAAGAUUGAGUAUCGGACUGUGGUCAAGCAGCCCAUGAUCCAUCCACAGAAAGUCUCGAAAGCCGAAUUUGUGCAGUAUUGCCUCGAUAAAGUUCCAUUCAAGCCGGUCAUAGGCUUGGUUCAUGUUGGUUUUCACAGACAUGGCACAAUGUUUUGUUACUCCCGAUAUCUUUCGGUAGUGCAAUGUUUCAUGCGUUAUCAUGAUGUUGUCCGUGAUAACUCUACCGGCAAUGAAUGUUGAUUGAUUCUCUGAGAUGAUCGAGUCUAGCAUUGGUUGUAACCGUCUCGUUAGGAUCUUGGAUAUGAUUUUGUAGUAGACGUUGCACAGAGCGAUGAGUCUAUAUUCCGCUACUGUUUUGGGAAUCAGCCUGAUAUGAGUGAGGUUGAUGCCUUGCGGCCAGACUCCAUCUCUGAAAAAUUCAGUUAUCUCAGCUAUGAUAUCUAGACCUACUGCUGUCUAAUUUGUUCGGAAAAACCUGGAUGAGAACCCAUCUGGCUCUGGGGCCUUGUCCUCGUGUGUGGAGAACAGAGCAUCCGAGAUGCGUUAAGUGAGAGCUUCCUCAAUUGCUGCCAUUGGUGAACGUGAACUUGAAGUGAAGAGACCGGAGAAGUAUGUCGUGAUUGCCUCUAGGAUCUCAGGUUCUUCAUAAACAUUAUCACCCUCGGCAUUUUCGAUUACGGAGAACUUGUUUAGACCACGCCUUACUCUGGUUGUGGCAUGGAAGAACCCAGAGUUCAUGUCUCCAAGUGCUAGCCAUAAAGUUCUACUGCGCUGCCUCAGAUAGUCUUCCUCCUCUUUGUAAUCUUUUUUCAGUUCUUUGUUAAUCUCUGCAAUCAGCGCUUCGCUUGCUACACUACUAGACAUGGCUUGUUCUAGCUUAAGUUUCUGCUCCUUGAUUUUGACUUGACUGUUUUCAUGAUGCUUCUUAUUCCAUCUCAAGAUUGCUUGUAUGUAUGCUGCGAUUUUGUUCUCAACUGAAUCUCGGUAGUGUUGGUUCCAAGCUUCUCCAAUGAGCUGUUUAACCUCCUCACCUUUACAUAGUUUCCGAUCAUACCGGAACAGACCUUUUCGCUUCUUUGAGUCAGGUUCGAAGUAGGAUAUGAGGGGCCGAUGAUCUGAGCCUUCGGAGGCCAGGUAUGAGCAUCUGCAUGUAGGGAACUCCUCUGCCCAUGUGCUGUUCGAGAUUGCGCGGUCGUGCCUGCAGUGAACCGUAUGGGUAUGUCUGGUACCACACCACGAUAGGAAGUUACCGGAGUGCCGCAAGUCGAAGAGAUCGCAUUGAGACAUGAAAGUUUGGAAGUCUAUAAAGGAUCCUUCUGUUCUUACGGUACCUCCUUCUUUCUCACUGUUGUUGAUGAUUUUAUUAAAAUCGCCGGUGAGGAACCAAGGUUGGUUCGGGUUAAUCCCAACUCAGUGAGUCGUUGGAAGACUUGUCUUCUAUGUUGUAGCUAUGGAGCCCCAUAUGUGAUUUCCAAGCUUAUUGUCAUCAUUUAUUAUCCCCCCCCCCUACCCCCUAUUAUAUAGGCUAGCUAGUGAAUAUUCAAAUUGAAAUUGUCCCACUGGAAAAUCUAUUAUCUAUAUGAUUAUAAGAUUAGAUCACUAUAAGCAAAACUAUCAGCAUAUAAAAAUAAUUAUGAAUGUAAAUAAAUAUCAAUUGGUUUACUUCCCUUCCAUCUUUUACAAUAAUCAUAUGUAUAUAUAUGUGUGUUGUUAUAAGAACUAAUUCUGAUUUUUGGAAAGUAAGCAUUUCAAUGAAGGGUAGAAAUAAGCUUUGAACUUUCAGUUAUGAUUCCUGUCUAUCCUACUCAUGUCCAAAAACAUUUCAGUCUUCUACAUGUACUAGUGGUUUAAUUGUAAACAGAUAAAUUGCCAGGGAUUUAAUUAAGAACUACUCUAGAAUGCAAAACACAAUGUUCAAGUCAAUCAAAUUUCGUUGCACAAACUAUCUAUGUCUUAAGUCCUAGAAUUUUAAUUUUUUUUUUUUGCAAAUUCAAUCAAUCCAGACAAGGAUGAAGAACAAGUUUGAUAAGUUCAAAAAAUCCUUAAACCAAAUAUCCUUGCAGGUAUGUAUAUUGCUCAUCUAAGAUUAGUUCAAAAAAAUCAAUAAUACUUCCGCAUCUAUCAAUUAUCCUAAGAUCUAACAGACGAUUAGUCUUAGAUGAAGAAGUAAUAGACUACCUAAACAAUUUAGUCAAAUGUAACAAUUCAUAAUCAACCCUUGGAAAUCCUAAAUCUAACAAGUGAAUUAUUUUAUCAGAAACACAAAUUAUAGUUUGAAUAAAUUGCAUAAAGAUAAAAGUAAAAACACAAAGGAGUUCAUAAUAUUCUCUCAACAAAGUAUGAUUUCUGACAAAAAUCUCUUGCUCCAAAUCGCAAAGUACGAUGGAAUAAUAUUACAAAAAUUUCUAGAAACCUAAUUAUAGUCUAAAGUACGAUUUGGACUUGUUUGCAAUUAAGUAUAAACUUUGAUCCAUUCUGCAAUUUUUUAAAAUUUGUAAAAACUCGUCGAGUGCUUUGUUCACGAUGGGUGUCGACCAACACCAAGUGCCGGUCUUGAUCGACGCCAUGUUCUUAGAUCGAUUCCGACUUAAAGUUUCCAGUUCCAGUUUUCUUUAUGUUCCAGAAUACUUCAUCCUGGUCCAAAACGUACUUAAACCUACAGUAACUCUAAUACAAAACUUAUUUCAUGGUUAAAAAUCCAUAGCAACCAUGAUAUAUAGUCGGGCCUGCAUUUCCUCUCAUAAGUGAUAUGAUCAGUCUCUUGAGCACUUACAACAGUUGCUGAUAGCAAACUUAAUCCUCAAAAUGGUUGUUUUUUGGCCAAAUCUCACAAAUAGCAUUUUUAGUUUUUGUUACAAAAAUCACAUUUAAAAAAAAAAUACUAAAAUAACAUUUAUUAAUCAAUUAAAACUGUAAAUUACUCUAUAUCUUACUCCCUAGAUAUUAACCCUUAAACUCUAAUCGCUAAUCCUAAACUGAAUCGAUAAAUAUAUUUAUUUAUUUUCUUUAAUAAAUUCUAAUAUAUAUAUAUAUAUUUUUCUUCUUUAUGUGCUAAUUUUUGAACAAAAACUUGAUUUUGUAUUAUUGAAAGGUAUUUCUAUUACUUUUGGUUCAUUAUUAGUCUUUGCGUUCUGUUUAGUUAGUUUUCAAAAUAAUGAACACAAUUCCUAGCUUUUGUAGCGAAUAAAUGGGCACAAGUUUGAGAUUAAUUUGAGUUUGUUUUUCUAGCUUAAGAUAACCUAUAUGUAUAUAUAUUUAUUCAGGGCCGGUCUUGAUAUUUGGGAGCAUAUUUACACAUAAAAAUUUCAAAUUAUUAUGUUGUUAUAUAUACAUAUAUAUAUAUAUAUAUAUUUUUUUUAUAUAUAAAUUUGGGGAUCUAUUUACAUAUAAAAGUUUUCAAAAAUUUUAGAAGCCUGAAGCGAAUGUUUCAUUAGGCUUGGUCCAUGACCGGCCCUGUAUAUAUAGAGAGAGCAUCAUUAGGAUAGUUUAUUAAGAUAGUUUCUAAACAAGGUAGGGGAAAGAAUGACAUAAAAGUGAUAAUCAUUUAUUUGGUUAGAAAUUUGAAAUUUUUGUUGAGAAAUGAUCUCUUCGCUUGCCUUAUUCCUAGUGGUCAGUCAUAUUUUUAAUGUUUAAAUUAAAUCAUAUAGCUAAACAUAUGUGAAAAUAUUAAUAUAGAAAGAUUAAGAAAUUGGGUUUGAGAGAUUUACCGUCCAAAGAAACUUUCUCGUAUGAAUAAAAAACAAUAUGAAAUACAUAAACAAGCCAAGAAGUAAAUCACGUUGCCCCACUCUUAUUAAUAAACAAGCCAAGAAGUAAAUCACGUUGCCCACUCUUAUUAAUAAUACAAACAGCGAAGGCUCAUGACUCACGACUACUCAUUGGCCCAUCCCCUUCCAAUUGUCGCUAACUGUCUUUUCUUCUUGUCCUUGUUUUCGUCUACGUCAGUGCGAAAACAUUUGUCUCUGAUAUAACUUUUCCAAAAACAACAGAAAGAUAAGUAGAAAGGCAUUUUCGAGCUCUCUUGCAUGGCUUCCCUAGAUUCUCAUGUGUUGAUGAAGAUCGUGAGCUUCUUUUUAUAUACUCUUUUAGUCACUUCCGUUAGCUCGGAAACGAAGUGCCUGAACUUCCAGUCAAUCAUCAGUUUCGGAGAUUCAAUUACCGAUACAGGAAACUUGAUUGCUCUCUCUACUCCAAAUGAACUUCCUGAAUCCGCGUUUCUGCCUUACGGAGAAACCUUCUUCCACCAUCCAACCGGCCGUUACUCCGACGGCCGCCUCAUCAUCGACUUCAUUGCUGAGGUCUUAGGGCUUCCACAUGUGCCUCCUUUUUAUGGAUCUAAAAAUGGAAACUUUGAGAAAGGAGUUAACUUCGCUGUGGGAGGAGCAACGGCACUGGAAUGCUCCGUUCUUGAGGAGAGAGGGAUUAGUUGUCCUCCUAAAAACAAAAGUUUAGGAGUUCAGCUUACGAACUUCAAAGAGAGUUUACGAAGCCUAUGUGGCUCGCCAUCAGAUUGUAUAGAUAUGAUUGGAAAUGCUUUGAUUCUUAUUGGAGAGAUUGGAGGGAAUGAUUAUAAUUAUCCCUUCUUCGGCCACAAAAACAUUGAGGAAGUCAAAGAACUCGUUCCCCUUGUGAUCUCUACUAUUUCUUCAACAAUCACGGAGUUAGUCGAUAUGGGAGGAAAAACAUUUCUAGUUCCCGGAGAUUUCCCGCUCGGAUGCUCAGUAAUCUAUUUGACACUAUAUCAAACAUCAAACAAGGAAGCGUACGAUCCCCAAACCGGAUGUUUGACAUGGUUGAACGAGUUUUCAGAAUACCACAAUGAGCAGCUUCAGGCUGAACUCAAUAGACUCAGGAAGCUUUAUCCUUAUGUCAACAUCAUUUACGGUGACUAUUACAACGCUUUGUUACGCCUUAUCCAAGAACCAGCCAAAUUCGGGCUCAUGAACAACCCCUUGCCCGUUUGUUGCGGUUUAGGAGGACGGUACAACUACACCUUUGGCGUAAAAUGUGGUUUAAAAGGAGUUGAAUGUUGUAAUGAUCCUUCCAAGUAUGUGAAUUGGGAUGGCAUCCAUAUGACUGAGGCUGCAUACAAAUGGAUAGCUGAGGGUUUACUCAAAGGACCGUAUGCUACUCCUCCUUUCGAUUGGUCUUGCCUCAGCUCCGAGAUCAAGGACAAGGAGUCAUUAGACACAGAAUUAUUCGAUGAACAACUGAAACAAGCUGGUCCGAAAAUUUAAGAGACAACGAGAGAUAAUAAGAAAAACUAUAUCAUGUACAACUUAAAAGUGCUUGUGUUGGAUCCUAUAUUUGUAUUAUACGCGUGUUGUUGCUGUAGCCUGUAUUUGAAUUACAUAUUGUGUUGCUGUUUGAGAGACGUGGUUCUCAAGUAAUAGUACUGAAAAUCAUGUUAUAUUGCUAAUAAUAUUUAUUUUAGAAAAUUUCAUAUCA